ACGUCACGACGUCCCGCGUCCGUAGAAGGUUUGAAUACGCUUCGGUGUUUUUUUGCAUAGAGGGCGUGUUUUGCUGGAAAUUUUAAUUUUCCAUCUUCAACUUGAACUUUCAACUUUUUCAACGAUUGCUUCUGUCAUCUUUAUUUACGUGUAUUUUUUGUUUUUGAUAACAAUUUUAGGUGAAUCUAUGUCGAUAAAAAAAUAUUCGCAAGUCGUACUGAAUGAAACGUAAUAGUUUAACAUAUCAUUGUGAAAGUUAAAUUCAGGUUUAGAAGUGUUUUUCAAGUGUGGUGAUAUCGAAUUUCAUAAAGAUUAUGCUUAUUUAAUGUAAAAUAAUGGAAGAAUACACUUCAGACAUAUCUGUUCUCGAUGUCUAUGAAAUAGCUUCAGCGAUCGGCAAAGAAUUUGAAAAAAUAAUUGACGUCUGUGGCGCAGAUACUGUUACCAAUUUGAUGCCCAGAGUUAUCAAUGCCCUGGAACAUUUAGAAUCUUUAGCUACUAAAAAUGAACGCGAAAAUGCGAUCUUGGAAGAUUUAAAAAACAGGAUAGUUAAACUUGAAAAUGACAAACAUGUGCGAGCUGAAGAUCGCUUAAAAUUUGAAAAAGAACUUGAACAAAUUGAAGAAGAUUGGCGAAAAGAAUCCAACCAUUUAUUAGCAGUAAUUGCUAAACUUCAAGAAGAAAAUAAAAGACUGGCAUCUAUUGUAGCAAAUGAAAGUUAUUUCGAACAAGAGAGUUCGAGUAAUUCUGAAGAAGACGUGAAUGUAGUGAAUCAACUCCAACAUCAGCUAGAUCUUCUUCGAGAUAAGGUUAAAGUUCAGAAUGUAGAAUUGAAUGCUAAAAAUAGUGAGAUAGAAAAUCUUGAAAGUCGAAUAGAAACACUCAACACUACAAUUGUUGAUCUGAGAAAAAAACAAAAGAUACAUGUGUCUCAAAUUCACGGAUUCGUCGAAGAAAGAGCCAAAUUAUUGAUUGAAAUUCAAGAUCAAAGAAGAGAAAUUGUCCUCUUACACCAAAGAUUAGGAAUAGUUCAGAAAGAAAACGAAGAUUUAGCGAAAUCCAAUGUUGAAGUGCCUGAUUUAACAAAUAAGGUUUUGUACGACGUUGAUGAUCCCAACCGACCACGUUUUACCAUUGCUGAGCUGAAAGAAAUUCUUCACGAAAGGAAUGAAUUGAAAGCUAAAUUAAAUGAAGUUCAAGAUGAAUUAGCUCUUUAUAGACCUGAUGCCAGUAUAGAUACCCAGGAAGAUGGAGAUAUUGAGCCCGAAUACAUCAACGAACGAGCAGGACGGGCUGACAUUUAUUUGGCAUUGCGCUUUCCCGACCAUACGAAUAAGAAAAUCGAAAAUCACCAGCAAUGUAUCCCCUCUUUCUUCCCGACAAAUGUCACAAGUGUAAUUAGUACCAAAUCCGAGGUGGCGACUGAAGUUGAUUUUGGCGAUGACGAUUUGCCUGUUCAAGGACCAUUACCGCUAGAACCUGAUGACGCACCUUGGAAAAAAUCUGAAUCUGGUAUUAGAAAAUUAUUUCGAAAAAUAUUUAUUGAACAAUCUGUUAAUCCAGUCAAAAGAGUAUCAAUUCCUAUAUUUUCUUCUAAAACUUCGUCAUCUUCGUCUCCCUCAACAUCAAUCGUUUAACGGGAAAUAUUUCUACGUGCCAUCAUAUACCUAUAUUUUAUAUUUUCACAAAAAAUAUUACUAGUACUACAUAUAUUUAGUUUUAAGUUUCAAUUUCGUGAAUUUUUAUAUUUUUAUCAAAGUACUUACUUACUUCAAAGCGGCAUUUUAAUGAUUAUUCUUAUGUAAGUACAAUAAUUUUUUGUGUAUUUUUUAAAACUUUCUUUUCUCUCAAAUUUUUACCAGCGUUCGAUUUUGAAAGAUUAAUUUAACUGAAAACUUGGUGAAGUUUUCUUUGAAAAAUCAAAAAAAUUAUCGUUACUUAUUUGAAAAUAGGUAAUUAUUAUUAUUGAACGCUGAAAGAAAAGAAAGAAGUAAUAACAAUGUGAUUUUGAUUAUAAUUAUAAUCCAUUAAAAAAAAUUACAUUGCGAAAUGUGAUUCUGAAAACUAACGAAUAAUGGAUGGAACUGCUUAAAGGUUAUUGUAAUAUUCCUUUAUUAAUACUCGUUAUACUUAAUGAAUCAAAUGUCGCGUAAUUUAACGAAAACUUUAACUAAAUAGACUGCAACAUUUUUAUAUUUUUACGAAACACUAUUUAUUUUAUUGCUACGUGACGAAUUAUUUCCAUUAUUUUAUAUUAAGUAUGUGUAAAUAUGUCUUCCUCAACUUCGUGAAAUACGAUCGGCUUUGUGUAAGUUGAAACUUUUAUUUUUGAAACAAAAGAAGUUCAAAAGGUAUGAGCUGUUAAUGCAAGCUUUUGAUAAACCCAUUUCGCUGGUCAAUUAAUUUUUAUUCAAUUUUUGCUUUUUUAUUCCUCGCAUUUGUAAUAGCUGCGCUGCACGUUACAAUUUUUUUUUUGUUGCUUAAAAAUGUUACAAUGUUACCAUUAAUAAUUUUUUUUUUUUCGAAAAAAAUACUUUAAUUACCGCAGUUAGUCGCGAAUGUGAUAUUUAAUGUAUUUUAAUGUUGAAGUUUUACCUCGUGUAAAAUUAAGAAUAAAUGUUCGUACUUGAUUGAA